AUGGUUGGACUGAAACCUUCUGAGCUUCCUCCUACCCUCACGGUGAAGUUUGUUGGUGCUGGCACAGCGGCCUGUAUAGCAGAUCUGGUCACCUUCCCCCUAGACACUGCCAAAGUCAGACUGCAGAUACAAGGAGAAUGUUUGGCCGAGCCCAGCAACCGGGUGGCACACUACAAGGGCGUGAUGGGCACUAUCACCACCAUAGUAAAAAUGGAAGGUCCUAGCAGUCUCUACAAUGGCCUGGUGGCUGGUCUGCAGCGACAAAUGACCUUCGCUUCUAUCCGCAUUGGGAUGUAUGACUCGGUAAAGCAGUUCUACUGCCGCCAUUCUGAAAAUUCUGGUGUGGGUUGUCGACUCCUGGCGGGAUCCACCACAGGUGCACUGGCGGUCACCUGCGCUCAGCCGACAGAUGUGGUUAAAGUGAGGUUCCAAGCACACAUCAAAGUCAUAGAUGGUAGCAGGCGCUACAAUGGGACAAUGGACGCCUACAAGACCAUCGCUAAGCAGGAGGGGGUGCGAGGACUCUGGAAAGGGACCCUGCCUAAUAUCACCCGGAACGCCAUCGUAAACUGCGCAGAGCUGGUGACCUACGACCUCAUCAAGGAAGCCAUCCUAAACCACCAACUGAUGACAGAUAACCUACCAUGUCAUUUUGUGGCUGCAUUUGGCGCUGGCUUCUGCACAACGGUGGUGGCAUCUCCUGUGGAUGUAGUGAAAACACGUUACAUGAACUCUACGGCCGGCCAAUACAAGAAUGCCAUAGACUGUGCAUUCACCAUGGUGAUAAGGGAAGGCAGAGCUGCAUUUUACAAGGGAUUCAUGCCGGCUUUCCUCAGACUCGGAUCCUGGAACAUCGUCAUGUUUGUCAGCUAUGAACAGCUGAAGAGAGCCAUGAUGAUGGCCCAUGGCUCCUGGGAAGAUCUUCAUUAA